CCCAAACGCUUUAUUAUUUUUAUUUUUAUUUUUAUUUUUAUUUACACAUUCGGCUAGCACCACACCACACCACACCACCAAGAGCCUCACAAACCCUUUUCUUGACGUCUGUCUUACCCGUCCUUCGUUAGAUAUGCCAUGCCUCCUCUAUCUACCAGAUGGUUACUUUCGUUAAGGCCCUCGAUAAGGCCCCCGAGGCUAUUCAUAGGUCCAUUAUGUCCAGUAUAUCGUCAGAGAACUUUUACUACUUCAUUCCCGGCCUAUGCCAGCAAUGCUCCAAAUAUCAUCCAGGAAUUUCGCCUUCGUGAUUAUCAGGAAGAAUGUAUUCAAGCUGUCAUAAAAUCUAUAGAAAAUGGCCAUAAGCGAUUAGGUAUAUCACUUGCCACUGGUGCCGGAAAGACUGUCAUAUUUACUCAACUUAUCGACCGGAUAAAGUCUGAGUCGCCUGGAACUGCUGAUCAAACAAUGAUCUUGGCUCAUAGACGAGAGCUUGUGGAACAAGCAGCUAGGCAUUGCACAAAUGCAUAUCCAUCCAAGACGAUAGAAGUAGAAAUGGGCAACAUGCAUGCCUCGGGCACAGCAGACAUCACCAUCGCUAGUAUACAGAGCAUCACUUCUGGAGACCGCAUUGAUAAGUUCAAUCCUGAACUAUUUAAGCUCAUACUCGUUGAUGAAGCCCAUCACAUCGUUGCACCAAUGUACAUGAAGACCUUGGAACACUUUGGGCUGGACCAGAAGAAUCCCAGCUCACCUAUUCUCGUUGGUGUGUCCGCCACCUUCUCUCGGGCGGAUGGGCUUCGUUUGGGUUCUGCAAUCGACGAAUUGGUAUAUCAUAGGGAUUAUGUCGACAUGAUAGGAGACAAAUGGUUGUCCGAGGUCAUUUUCACUACGGUCGACUCAAAGGCUGAUAUCUCCAAGAUUUCGAGCGGUAAAAACGGUGACUUUCAAACUCGCGAGUUGUCCGAGGCCGUAAACACCAGACAAGUGAACGAAGUUACCGUCCGCAGCUGGCUUGCGAAGGCUUCUGAGAGGAAAUCAACUUUGGUAUUCUGUGUCGACCUUUCCCACGUUUCCGGGCUGACUGAAACUUUCCGGAAACAUGGCAUUGAUGCUCGGUUUAUAACAGGAGAAACACCCAAGGUCGAGAGAGCGGAGUGUUUGGAUGCUUUCAAGCGUAAUGAAUUUCCCGUGCUCAUCAACUGUGGUGUAUUCACGGAAGGGACUGAUAUUCCUAAUAUCGAUUGCAUUAUUCUGGCGCGGCCAACUCGCUCCCGAAACUUGUUGGUACAAAUGAUAGGAAGAGGCAUGCGACUUCAUCCGAAAAAGAAAAACUGUCAUAUUAUCGACAUGGUGUCAAGUCUAGCUACUGGCAUAGUGACAACGCCCACUUUGUUUGGGCUCGACCCAUCCGAGUUGGUCGAGAAGGCAUCCGUGAACGAUAUGAGUGAAAUCAAGGAGAGAGCCGCUGUUCUAGAAGGGGCAGAGAGGAAGAACGUUACCUUUGUCGACUAUGAUUCUGUCUUCGAUCUGAUCGCGGAUACAUCCGGUGAGAGACACGUUUGGUCAAUUAGUCAACAUUCGUGGGUACAGAUUUCGCCAGAAAAAUGGAUAUUGUCAGGCCCUAAUGGAACUUACAUACGGCUAGAAAAAGGAAUGGAGAGAGAUGAGGGCAAAUUCGUGGCCUGGGAGAUCCGGGCACUUCCUAAGGGAGUAUCUAAAUCUCCUUUUGCUAAACCUCGACUUCUACUUGAAGCAACUACCUUUGCCGAUGCUGUACAUGGAUGCGACAGUUACGCAUCGGACACGUACCCACGUCUCCUUAUCUUAAGGAGCCAGAGUUGGCGUCGCGGCCCGCCUACAGAUGGCCAGUUGCAAUUUCUCAACAAGAUACGAGGGAAUGACAGCAAACUUACAGCAGACGACAUUACUAAAGGGAAAGCUGCAGAUAUGAUAACAAAGUUACGACACGGUGCCCGCGGCCGGUUUGCUAGCAUUGAUGCCGAUAGAAAGCGAAAAGAGCGGCGGGCGGAGUUGUUAGACGAAAAGAAGAAUAUGAUAAAGCUCCGCGAAAAGGUUGCUGUUGGACCCCUAUUAGGAUGAGCAUAGGAUCGAAUCAGAGACCAUCAUGAAUGGAAAUGACGAAUAAAGGCAAACUUUACACGUAUGACGUGCAAACAGAAAGCAGCACAGUGGUGACUCUAGCUUAGCUGUUAAGUUGGUGUUGGUGUUGUCGCUGAGCAACCUCCCUACUCCUAAUACCUGAUUCUGAGCUCAACACAGUAUAGGUUGGCAUGUGCUAUCUGGUAUUUUCUUCGAAUCUACAUUCAUUUUUCAAAUCA